AUGGCCGAUCGCCCGCAUCGCGCGGUCAUAAUCUUCGGCGACGGGCUGCUCAUCGACGGCCCGCCUCCGGCGUCGCGUUCAGCGGAGCCUUCGUCGCGAAUCUCCGCAUCUGCCGCGCAGCGAACGCGAACGCCUCUGGAGACGGUCGACGCGCCCGCGCUGCACCGCGUGGCGGCUGACGGCGUGUCCGGUCUCCUGGCUCUCAGACAGCUCCCCUCACAUGUGAGUGAGGAGCAGCGGGAGGCGUUGGAGCUGGCGCAGCUACUGGACAUAUUCCACUGCGCGCACGCCCCCCUUCCGCAGGACGCUGGGAGCACCACACACCCCAGCGACCCCACCAACCCCACCAACCCCACCACCGCUGCUGCUCCCUCCGCUCCUCACAUCUCAUGGGAAACCAAUCCCACACCUAUGUCUGAACGCUUCAUGGGCAUGGAGGCGGCGUUCGUCACCUCCUCCCCAGUCUCGCUUGCCCUCGCCCGCACCGCUGGCUUCCGCACUACCCGCCUCAACCGCACUGCACUCCCCUCCACUUCCCACCACCUCCUCGUCACGGGUGAAUCCGAUGACCUCUCUCCCACUUCAGCAGCAGAAGGCAACGCAGAUGCAGGAGGAGACGAGGCAGCUGGGGCAGCAGUAGCAGCAGCGACAGCAGUAGCAGAAGGGGAAGGAGUAGCAGCAGCAACAGCAGGAGCAGCGCCUGACCCAUCAGUGCUGGCAGCGCGGAUAGUGGCGGCGCUAGGGCUGCACAGGGAGGAGGUGCCGGGGCCUCCCCCCAGCGCUGCAGAGAGGGAGGCAGGCGAGGUGGACCUCCUGCUGCUGCACGUGCGCCCUGCUGACGUCGCCCCAUGGGGCGGCAGCGCUGGGGAGAAAAUCGCUGGUGGCUUGCCAGAAGCUACAGGAGAAGCAGGGAUGGGAGGGGCAGGAGCAGGAGGUGCGGUGACAGGUGCAGGCAGGGGCGAGGGUGGCGCUAUGGAAGGGCAGGUGUGGGGGCAGGCAGAGCAGGCGAUUCAGUGGGUGGACUCGCUAGUGGCGGAGCUGUUGAGAUGGCGGGAUGGCAAGGCACGCAAGGGGGAGGAAGGCGAGGGAGAGGAGGGGAGUGGUAGCGAGGGAACAGCAGUGUCCAGCGAUGUGCCCUCCUACUUGCCCCUGCGAGCACAGAACCACCUGUACCUUGCCGUGGUGCUGGGAUACGGGGAUCAGGGCAACCAGCAGGUGCCUCCUGCUGCUGCUGCUGCUGCCCCAGAGCAGUCAACCGAUGCACCCUGGUCGCCCGUUCCCCUGCGCUCUCUUCCCAUUUUCGUACCGCCGCUCUCUGCUGCUGCUGCUGCUGCUGCUCCUGGUGCCUCCGCGAGUGACUCUGUGCCGUGUGUGCCCCGCGUGCCCUUUGUGCCGCGGCAGAGCUAUGAGCUGCGGGGAGACGAGCCUGUGGAGGCCAUCCGAUCCGGCGAGAUGAGCACGAAAGAAGGCGAUCGGCCGAGACCCGGCGACAGACUAGGCACGGAGCGGUUCGACGCAGAGAGCGGCGCGUCGGGGAGCGGAGCGGGCGAGAACGGCGGGGCGAUCCGCGUGGUGGUGGUGGGGAACAAAGGCACGGGCAAGACGUCGUUAAUCAUCUCAUGUCUCACAGAGGCAUUCCCGGAGGAGCCCGUGCCCGUGCUGCCGCCCACUCGCUAUCUCGCCGAUUCCUUCUCCGAUAAAAUCCCCCUCUUGAUCGUCGACACGUCAUCAAGGUCCUUCUCAUGCCUUCCCUCCUCGCUUCUUUACGCGUCAACCGCUCGGCCACCGCGUGGCGUGAACACCAUUUCCAUCUCUUCCCCCCUCUCCCUUCUCCUUCGACCGCUCUGCCUGCCGUCUGUCGUCGCGACUCAGCCCUUGUCUCCUCCGUCUCACUUGCACGCCGUGUGCGCUGUCCCAUCACUUACCUCAACGUCGAAGCGCAGUCCCGAUCCCGUUCUUAACACUCGUCUCGGCGGCCCUUUCGAUCGCACGCGGCGCCGGCCGUUCUCCGGCGCUCGUGGCGCGUCUCGUGAAACCGGAUCGUAUUGCAGAGCGCCUCAUGCUGUCGCACUGUUUCCGCGCAUGCGCCGUCCCGUCCAGGGGGUAGUUUUCCUGCUGCGGCGGCCGCCGCGGCGCGCGCUCACCCGCAUAUCCCCCUUCCGUGUUGCGUGUCGUGCGUGCGCGCGCAGGCGGGAGGAGCGGGGCGCGGUUGAGGCGGAGCUACGGGCGGCGGACGCGGUGGUGAUAACGUUCGCGUGCGACGACCAGGCGUCGCUCAACUCCGUCUCCUCCUACUGGCUGCCGCUCCUAAGACAACUGCAGGUGCCCGUGCCAGUCGUGGUGGUGGGCUGCAAGCUCGACCUUCGAGACGCGCCAGGCGCAGCGGCGGCGGGGGGAGUGGGGGGGGCGGCGGGAGGGGCGGGGGGCGCGGGCGCGGGGGUGGCGCAGCAGCCGCUGGACGUGCUGGUUGCGCCGAUCAUGGACGAGUUCAAAGAGGUCGAGACGUGCCUCGAAUGCUCCGCGCUGCGCCGCGUGCAGGUGGCGGAGGUGUUUUUCUUUGCGCAGAGGGCGGUGCUGCACCCCACGGGGCCGCUGUUUGACCGGCAGACGCAGGCGCUGCGGCCGGCGUGUGUGCGAGCGCUCAUGCGCAUCUUCAUGCUCUGUGACGUCGAUGGGGAUGGCGUGCUCUCCGACACCGAGCUCAACGCCUUCCAGGUGGAGUGUUUCUCGGUGCCGUUACAGCCGGCGGAGCUGGUGGGGGUGAAGCGGGUGGUGGCGGAGAAGAUGGUGGAUGGCGUGGCGGGCAACGGGCUCACACUCACCGGCUUCCUCUUCCUGCACGCGCUCUUCAUCGAACGCGGCCGCCUCGAAACCACCUGGACCGUGCUGCGCAAGUUCGGGUAUUCGUCGUCUCUGCACCUGCGCGAGGAGAUCACCCGGCUGCCUGCGCAACCGCUGCCGGACCAGAGUGUGGAGCUGUCAAGCAAGGCGCUGGAGUUUGUGUGCGCGCGCUUCAGAGCGUUCGACAACGACCAGGACGGGGCGCUCAACACGAGUGAGCUCAACAACCUCUUCAGCACCGCACCCAACAGUCCAUGGGAGGAGGCUCCGUACUUGGGAGCAGCAGAGACAUCUCCUUCAGGAGCCCUCACGUUCAGUGGCUACCUCUCCCUGUGGUCGCUCAUGGCCUUGCUGCACCCGGAGAGGGCCAUCGAGUACCUGCUCUACCUGGGCUUCCCGUCCGACCUCGCUCCUUCCGCGCUCACCUUCACGCGGCGGCGCCGCAGCGACCGCAAGGCGGGCUCCUCACAGCGCCGCGUGCUGCAGUGCUUUGUGGUGGGGCCCGCUCAGGCGGGCAAGACUGCUCUGCUCAGCUCGUUGCUCGGGAGACCAUUUGAGCACACACAUAUCAAGUAUGGGGAGGACGAGCGGUUUGCAGUUAACCUCGUCUCCACUGACCCUCAAGCGCACUCCGCCUCCUCCUCCUCUUCCGCUUCCUCCGCCUCUUCCUCCUCCACAACCUCCUCCUCCCUCUCAUCGAAUCGCGAUCCCAGCAGUAUAGCCAGCCAGGAUCUGAGUGCCCUGGCCAGCUGCAGCACGGUGCUGGUCCUGAGGGAGGUGCACCCAGACGCCCUGCCGCGCCUCCUCGCUCGCCCCGACUGGCUUGCAGCCUGCGACGUGGCUGCCUUUGUAUAUGACAGCUCGUCUCAGGGCAGCUGGGAGAAGGCGGUGGGCAUGCUGCAGGAGGUGGCGGGGCGGGCAGAGGCCUCGGAGUGCGAGAUGCCGGCUGUGCUUGUGGCCGCUAAGAACGACCUCGAGCCCCACCCCGCCAUCUUCACUCAGUCCGCACAGCUGUGCACGGAGAUGGGCGUGGCAGCUCCAGUGCCCGUGUCCUCGCUGCUGCACGAUGUCAACGAGCUGUGGACGCGCCUCACGGACGCGGCCAGGAAGCCGCACGUGGGCAUCCCGGAGACGUCCGCCUCGCGCUCCUCCAAAGCCCUGCGCAAGCGCCUGCUCUACCGCUCUGUCUCCGUCGCUCUCGUGGGCACAGCAGUGGCAGUGGUGCUGGUGGUGGGCUUUCGGAUAUACGCUGCGCGUCGCUCCUCCUCCACGUAG